CGGCGGCAGCGCCCUCUUUGGCAGCUAAUGCGUCCGCUUCCUCGUCUUGCCAAGCCACGACCGUGCAUGAGGCAAUCAUCGGCAAUCUGCCCGAUAAGGCGGUGCUUGGUAGUGACGUAGUAAUCGGGGGCGCGAUUACAUAAGCAGCGCCUAGCCAACGAUGUGCGAAUUCCGCACUCGCUCCCGCUCGCUGACCAUAUAACCCCCCGCCUUGUCAUGGGACAUUGAGCGUGCUCCUUGUUGCAGCUACAACUCUGAUCCGUCGCUAGAGACUGUCUUCUUGUCGCUCGUCACAUCGUCUUCCAUCACUUCACCAGCGACCUUUCUUUUACUCUCUCCUCAAAUCUCCGGAAGUUGCAUUGCGUCAGUCUACGCCUGCCAUCGUUUCGCUUGCCUUAUUUUCAUUGCGGAGAGCAGACGAUCACAUCGCAUUCCGCGAAGUCGAGUUCAUCCCUUCUAUCUCCUUGCUCAUUCUCAAUAUAAUGCCCGCCUUUGACAUCGAACUUGUGGACCUCCCCAGCAAGGGAAAGCUGGUUCCUCGUCGCGGCGGUGGUGGAGGCGGGGGCGGCAGAGGUGGAGGAAGUAUCGGCGGGAGCAGCAGCGGAAGCAGCUCCAGUGGCAAGGGUGGGACUUCCUCCUCCUCGUCCUCUUCUUCCUCCUCCGGACGCUCUUCCUAUGUUGGUGGUUCUUCCUUCGGGGGAUCUCGCUAUCCUUCUUCAAGUACAGCGAACGGCGUGGCACGCUUUGCCAUCCCAGCAUCUGCUGGCGCUUUUGCAGGCCGGACCGCUGGCGGUGGCACACGAGGCGACAUCUAUGGAUCAGCUAGGUAUGGCUCGGGGUAUCCUGCCGGCUACGGAACAACCCGAGGGGUUUACUACGGAGGUGGGGUCGGCGGCCUCGGCUUUCCGUUCCUCUACUGGCCUGUCUUUUGGGGUGCCGGGUAUGGAGCAUACUAUGGCUCCGACCGAUACUCAAAUGAUACAGAUAGGCCGGGUGGUGCUAUGACGCUAUACGUCCUGCAAGCACCAGCUAACGUGAAUCAGAGCCUGAAUAACUUUGGGCUCUACGGUGACUUCGACUCUGUUGACAGUGCCAGGGCCUCUCUAGUGGACGCGUGUGGCGUUGGCUCUGGUCUGGCGGCCAAUUACACCGUGACGCCCAGUCAAGCUGUCCAGACCUACCGCUCGUCCUCAUUCAGUCUUUUGCUAGACAGGUACGACAAUUUACAACCGCAGAACGCGACCGAUGACGAUUCCAUCGACACCCCAAUCCCAUCGCUGCCUGCAGACGUGGACACAACGUACUUGUCCUGCCUCAACACCACUCUCGGUCAGGACCUACUCCUACCUUCGGACGCUGAGACGAGUCUGGCAUACCGCGUUGGUGGUGAGCUACAGAUAACCAUCGUGUUGUUACCUGCCUUGCUGCUCGCAUUCAUUCUCAGUCUGGUCUAGUACAGUACUGCGUGGCAGGGGGCUCGUUUCCCAGUCGAGUCAUGACCGCAAUGCCCACCUUCAGACAAUGUCUGCUCUUGGCGAUCAACUCAGAACGCAGGUCGCUUCUGAGUCUUGGACCUGGUACAGUAAACAGCCAA